AUGUCUCGUGGUUCUGCUGCAUCUGGUGAUUGUUUAUCGGACGCGCUCGGCCCACCGCCCUCGGGAUGGCGCGCAUCACAGGGGGAGCCCCCCCGGCCUGGCCGGGUCACGAGGAGCCAGAGUCGUGAACUCGAUGACCCAGUCCAUGAUCGAUCUACAAGAUGGAAUCCGGCUAUCGGCAAGGGAACUGGCAGUGCCGACCGACUGAGUACCGUGGCCGAGAACUCACCUGCCAAAGCUCACCGAAAAUCAAAUUUCGCGAGCGGCGCUUCUAUUGUCCCCGAGUCCCCCGAGGGUAAUAUCUCCGGCACAACAUUCUUACCUCAAGAGGACUCCGACCCCGAAGAUGCUGACCUCGAGCCCAUUAUCAUGAUUGAUGAGCUUCCGGGACUGCAAGAAGCCACAGAUCGCCUCUUAAGUCUCCUCAAAACCAACGCCCCUGAUGCCAGACCGGUUGUUGACGCUGCUAAAAAGCUCGCCAAUCCGCGAAACACUGAAAACAAGCGCCUAAAACCAGCAAUCCGCAAAUUACUCUCCCAGAUGAAACCUUUUGGCUCUGAACGUUUCAUCGAUGUCGCCGAGGCCCAGGAGCUCAUUCCAACUGUGCAGCCGAAAGGUGCGGCUCGGCCAUGGAGUCCAUCGCCUGCCCUGCACAGGGCCAAUUGUGCCCGUCUUGCUCUAGACAUACUCCUGGAAAGUACAGACUCAAAAUCGCCCACCGCGACGAUUGAAACUCUCGAGAACCAGUUCCCCAUGCCUUUCUUGAGCCAAAUAGUCAACGGCAAGGAGUCUAUUCCGACCGGAGGUAGCACUGCCGCAGGACCAACCUUUGAAAUGGCCCUGGAGAUUCGAACACAAUUCGCACUCGUGGAACUAGAAAAGCAGGAAAAGAACAAAGGAUUUGACGCCCGUUCUGUCUUGGAGAACGUGUUUUACGGCGAUGGACAUACCUCGGACACUGGCUCUCUGCGUGGUUUCAAUCUCCCGGGGACUUUCGCGGACGAGAAUGGUCGUCUUCCAGACAGAUUCCAGGACAGAGUCAGCGAUCGUUUCAGCGAGCUGGACUAUUCUCUGCAUGAUGAUGAUGGAAAUCCUAACAUCAAGGGCAUCAAGGCCAGUUUCUGGAGCCGAUUCCUCGUCUGUACCGCUCGCUUUGUUCAAAGUCGCGACAAAGAACUUCGACGGGACUUGGAGUUCCAGCCAAAACUUGAAGAUGUUAAGGACUAUGUCGAGAAGAUGAUUGAAGGCGGGGAAUAUUCCGAGGAGGACGAGCUUGAGAAGGAACAGACGCCCGACCGAAGCACUGCGAAUCGCUCCUCCCCCAGCGUGGAUCAUCAACGCAGCAAUCAGGAUGAUCUUUCUGACAACGAACUUUUCGUUCCAAUGUCUCCUCCCCCUCCACCUCAGCAGAUUUCCCAGGAGUCCAUUGAACACAGUACCCCAACCAGUCAAGCCAAGCAACCGACGCCCAAGAGCACACACAGACGACAAUCGUCCAAGCACAACGACCUCGCUCGAAAUAUGGAUUUUCUCAAGAGGCGCCGGGAAGCGCGUCAACAGCAAGUAACGGGCAAAGCACCAGAAGGGGAUACGACUGGUUUUUUCUCAGACAUGAGCGUCCCAGAAGCGGGCCCUCAACCACAAAACCAGAGCGAUGCAUCGUUUCCUUCCCCUGGCGACGUUAUUCGAAACCCCGAGAGUGUCACUGUGCCUCGGGAGAUUGCCCAAACACCCGACGAGGAUUUGCAAUAUCCACCUCAUGAUAACGAUGACACCCUCCUCAACGACGGCGAGGAGCUGGACCUGGACAAUUACAGACGUUUCGAGCUCAUGCAAUCAACCAGCCCCCCUGGCUCCGAGCGAGCUCGUCAAAACUACAACCGGGGCCGCUUCUUCGAUUCCUCACCGCGGAACCAAUUCACGGCAAUCAAUGAGCCACAGCAACGGCGUACACUUCUCGACCAGCAAGAACACCGCACCCGAAUCAGCUUUUCCUCCGAAGAUGAGAGCCAGCUUACCGAAAAGCGUAUGCCUCAAAAAAGCCCGGCAAAACCAGAGACAGCGAAGAGGCGACACGACGAGGUAGAGAAUGACUCCGACAAUGAUGAUUCUGAUGAUGCGUUUGACCCGCCCGAGUCCAAGAUGGUUUUCGUCUCUAACGGAGCCCAAAAACUUCUCGAAAUAUCCAACAAAAGACAGCGUAAAAACACCACGGAUGAGGAUUCUAGCGCGGCAGGUCAGCUCCACAAUGACCUUAGAGUCACUCGUGAUGCCCACCAGGCCCAGACCCAAACCCAGAGACAAGCGUCGAGGCAGCCAGCAUCCACUCUAGUCCAAUCGCCCGAGCCUGAGUCUUCUCAAGUUGCCCGUGCCCGAAGCGAAGCUGUGAAGCCACCACCGAGCCAAUCUCGCUGGAGCCAAGUAAACGAUCCCUCAUCGGCUGCAGCUACAGCAGCGAACAUGAGAAGAAGAUGGACAGCAGAUGAGAACGAGCGCCUCAUUUCACUUAUCGGUCGAUAUGGCAGCGCCUGGGCACAGAUCAAGGCGCAAGACGACAUUUGUCCGAGGUCGGAAGGGGGUCCGAAGUUGCAGGGUCGGACCCAGGUUAAUCUGAAGGAUAGGGCGAGAAAUCUCAAGCGGGCGUGUGAAAGAGAGGGCACACCGUUGCCGAAGAACUUCGAGUUUAUUAAAUCCUGA